GAUCCAAGUCUACUUUCCGAGAUGCAUGCUUCCAAUGGGGCUACCCAAAUGCUUGGAAAGCAAGAAUUAUUAAAUCUGGAAAUGCUUAUGCCAAUAACACUGACAAGGAGACCGUAAAUAAUCAGCGAUGGGACGGAAUCCCUAGCCAGCGUCGUGACCUCUCUCCCCGGGAGUCCUUGGCUCUUU